AUGGCAGAAGAUGAUGAUGUGCUGUACAUAUCAGAGGAAGAUUCAUCUGAAGAUCCUCCGGAAGAUCUCGGAGGCCUUGAAAAAGGUCAGACUGAUUGGCUGACGCUCAACGUCGGUGGACGCUGCUUCACCACCACGAGAAGCACGCUGGUCAGUAAAGAGCCUGAGAGCAUGCUGGCCCACAUGUUCAGAGAGAAAGACAUUUGGGGGAACAAGCAGGACUCUCAGGGGGCCUACCUGAUAGAUCGCAGUCCAGACUACUUUGAACCCAUUCUGAAUUAUCUGAGACACGGACAGCUCAUCAUCAAUGAAGGCAUCAAUCCUCUGGGUGUGCUGGAAGAGGCUCGCUUCUUUGGUAUUGAGCAGCUUGCUGAACAGCUGGAGACCCUCAUAAAGUCCUCUCAGCCCCCUGAUGACCACUCACCUCUGAGCCGCAAGGAGUUUAUUAGAUUCCUGUUGGCUACGACGACCAAGUCAGAGCUCCGGUGUCAGGGUCUGAACUUUAACAGCGCAGACCUGUCUCGUCUGGAUCUGCGCUACAUCAACUUUAAGAUGGCCAACCUGAGAGGAGCCAACCUGACCCAUGCUAACCUGAGUGGGGCAAACCUGGAGAGAGCAGACCUGUCCAUGGCGUGUCUCGAUGCAGCUAAUCUGCAGGGUGUGAAGAUGCUGUGUACCAACGCGGAAGGAGCUUCACUGAGAGGCUGUAAUUUUGAAGAUCCCGCGGGAAUCAAAGCCAAUCUGGAGGGAGCCAACCUGAAGGGUGUGGACAUGGAGGGGAGUCAGAUGACGGGGAUCAACCUGAGGGUCGCGACACUGAAAAACGCCAAACUGAAGAACUGCAAUCUAAGAGGAGCAACACUGGCUGGGACAGACCUGGAGAACUGUGACUUAUCAGGAUGUGACCUUCAGGAGGCGAACCUGAGAGGCUCAAAUGUGAAAGGAGCCAUCUUUGAGGAGAUGCUGACUCCUCUGCACAUGUCACAGAGUGUGCGGUAAAACACCACAGUCUUCCAUACAGUGCUUUAAAUCACAGCACACACUCCCAGCAGAGAGGAGUUAGUCUCAGUAUGUGACAAAUGUGUGAUUCAUGAUCCUCAAGUACCAACAAGACAACAUUUGAGCAAAGUGUGGUUUUCACAAAUGCAAACAUAUACCAUACAUACACAUAUUUUCACAAUAAAUUGUUUUCUUCAGUUGUUUUAGUGAUUAAUUGAUUAGUUUUUUAGAGUUUAAAAUGUCCAGAAAUAGUGAAAGUGUUUCAGUUUCCUACGACAUCUUUAAAAGUUUUGUUUUGUCUGACCAACAGUCUAAAACAAAGAAAAGCAGAAAACCGUCGCAUUAGAGAAGAUAAAACCAAAAAUGUUUGGCUUUUUAACCAACUAAUCGACUGAUCAAUUAACCGACCAAUUGUUUCAGCUCCAAAUUCUACAAAUAAAUACAACCCAGCUUGAAUACAUUUUAGUUUUCAUAUAUAUUUCCAACUUCUUGUUUUUUAAUCACUUGCUUUUGAAAUGCUUCCUGUGUAUUUAAAUUUCUAAAGAUAGUAGAAGUUUAAUGUGCAGAUUGUUGAAUCAGUUUGAACAAAUGCUUAUUUAGAUUGAUUAACUUGCAGUUUGGAAAUUUAUAGGUGAAAUACAUACAACAAAUCAUCGCUCGUAAAUGUUGUUUUUAUUUGUUGUUCAUGAUGAAACACAUUUGUCACCAGUAGAGCCCGACCGAUAAAUCGGCGUGAUAUGAGCUAAUUGCCGAUAAAUUGAUAUCUGUGUUUAUAACAGCUGAUAAAUUACCAUUUAAAAAAUAACAUGAUUGACUUCUCUCCAUUUCUAAGUGUUGUUGUUGCAUAGUUUGUCCACCGGAGGGCACUCAGCAACUCCCCUGUUGGAAACAUAACCAAACACCACAAUCAGCUGACAUAAUCCGCUGUACUUUAGUUCAAAUACUAUUCAUAACAAUUAAAAAGUUUCAUUUUUGAUUGCAUUAUGUUAUGGUGUCUUGGUGAGUUCUCAUAAGUACACACAACACAGGCUAGAGAUAAUCUUUAUUUAUGUUGUGUGUUUUUAAGAAGAAGAGAAAAAAAAAUAUUGGCUGAUAAAUCAGAAUAUCUAAUUUUAAAUAAAAUAUCUCAAAUAUCCAAAUCUGUGUUGGUCUUGAAAAUCCCAUAUCCGUCAACGGUAUCUUCACUAAUUUCUCUCUGUACAUGUCUCGCUGUGAUGAUGACCAAUAAAUGCCAAACUUUGUAUUUUGCUCUGAACCAAAUCUCAACACGCGUCGGCAUGAUUAAUCAAACAGUUUUCUACACAUCGUCAAAGCUUUGCAACGGUCUGUGUGUCCCCUGGAGAGUUGUACAGCAGUGGGCUGUUGAAUGUAGUUUUGUUUAUAAAAGUAGUUUGACAAGUUUUAUGAUAUUCAUAUGCCUUCAAAACUCUUAUGAGCAGUUUAAAGUAGUUUGAAAAACAUUUUAAUUAAAUGUAAUCAAUCCAAAUGCUGAUAAUUGUAUAUCAUAUUUUUCCAAUGUCUGCAAACACUGAACUCAACUUCAGCUUCGGGAUAAAAUAUUCAUAAUUUAAAUACCUACAGUGUAAAAGCUAUUUGGAAACACUGUUUAUACCUACGACAGGAUAAAAGUGGGAUGGAGCAAAUAUUUAAAGUGUAGAGACUUGAAUGUGGUGAAACAACAUUUUGAUUUUGCUACAAAUGAACCAUAGUUUCAGUUUCUCAGAUAUUUAGGUUUGCACUUUGUUUUUUUGGCUCAUAUAAACUAGUUUUGUUAAAUGAUGUGUUUUUUUUAGGGGUUAGGGUUUGACAUACUAUAAACUAUAUUCAGUCUUUGUGGAACUGCGUGGAUUUGAACAAGCUCCACCUCUGACAGCUGCUUACUGAAAUGUUGUCGUCCUGUUUGUGGUCUUACUUAUUAUGUGAUUAAACGUUAAAAGUAAAAAUGCCUUGUACAACAGUUCAUAUGUAAAAUGCACAUUUACAUCUGCAGUAUGUGACAAACCUGUAAAACUAAAUUUUUAAAUCUGAUGUAUUUUAGAAAUAUUAAACAGCCUUUUCUGAGUCUGGGUAUGAUGGUGCUGGUUCUGCUGUUUUAACAUGAUGUUUGGUUAAUUACUGUGCUAACAGGAACAUUUAUAUUUUAGUGACUGCUACUGAAUCAUUCUCUAAGUGUGUGUGUGUGUGUGUUUUUUGUCUUUAAGUCACCGGCUACAAGAGUCAAAGCACGUUACACGUAAACUGCUGUGAAAUGUGAAACCACGAGGUGCUAAAAAGAGUUAAAUAAAUGUUUUACUUCAAA